AUCGCGCUUAAAAUAAUUUCACCAGUCUAGUACAGAACAAUAGGUCCUGCAGACAAAUACAUAUGAUAUUUAUGUAUUUUUGUAGUGCUUAAAACGUUUAAUGUUCCCCUAUCUAGCCGUAAAAAAACGACAGAGUUUUUGAUUUUUCCGUUUACUUUGGAGACUAAGGCGACGACUUCCUGUACGCGACUUCCUUACGCGACUAAAAACAGUACGCGACUUCCUUAGCGCAUUCUCCUGUCACAGUUUUGUUGAAGACUUCCAAAAUCCAAAGCUUCCGUGGGUUUUGCUACUUUUGCUGCAAAAGUUUUGUAGCGUCCCAAACUGAUUAAGAAUUAAAGAUCGUGUGAUGGUCAUGGAUCGCAGUCUGUGGAAUCCAUUCCGAGAUCCUUCUACUCCUGGAAUUGUUGGCAAUCUGGGCAAUGAAGUUACACCUCGUGUGCAUCACAGUCUCCAUUCUUCGUACAGAGGAGGAAGGCCUGCAAGAACAGUUAUGGGAAAGUUUGGUCCUUCAUCUGUUGCUCCUCCUCACCACAGCGCACAGAUGAGGGCUCCCAGUUCCUUCCAUGUCAGUCAUCAGCCGUAUCCCGUUCCCUUUCAGCCGAAUUUUUUCAGUCACCGGCCACGAGGCAUGAUGCCGCUUCGAGGAGGAUUCGCGCCUUCUCCAAUGCGGGGAAGGGGUGGUCAGCAGAGAUUUUUGUCAUACCAUUCUAAUUCCGGAAAUCGUUUUCGAGGUCCGCAGCCGUUUCGGUCUGCAGGCAGCGCAAUAUUUUGUGAUGUGUGUGAGAAGGAUUUCCGGAGUAGGGCCCAAUUUGACGAGCAUAUGGGUAAACAUCUGAAGUGUCCAAAGUGCGAUUUUGUUGGAGUGUUUGAAUCCGUGGAAGUUCAUUUUGAAAUCGUGCACCUGUCUGCCUUGGUCAAUAAAAACAAACCAGAAGAAACGCCCGAGGAUUUGAAAAGAUGGCGCGAAGAGCGAGCACGGAGAUAUCCGCGUGUCAUGAAGUGCGCACAGAGUGCCUCUCGUGCCCCUGCUUUAAUUGCACAUGCUUCCUCGGAUGUAGGAGAACUUAGUGAUGGAGAGAUUGAUGACUCGGAGGUGAAAGACCAAGAAGCACCGUCUAGCCUCAACGGUUUGGCUAGUUUGUCCACGUAUCUGGAUUCAGAAUCUGAUUCCGAGCCACCGGAAGAGCUCCCCGCAAAAUUCGAGAAAAGAGCGGAUCCGCCUGUAUCGUGUAACCUUGUACCUGUUGCCGCGCCCAUAGAUGUGGAAGGUGAUGUGCGUAGCCAGUUACAGCGAUAUAUCGGUGUUCCUAAACGACUACCCAAAGUCAAAGCGGAAUUUUCGACGUUUUUAUCUGAACAUGGUGUGCCCAUGAGGAAACCACGUACUUUGUUUGAAAAGCUAGUUUUAAAGGAUCUUCAGACAGAGAACGAUCAGAUUCUCCAGUGUAUUGCUCAUUUGUGCAACAAGCAUUAGCAGAGUGACGGGAAGAUAAUUUGCUGACCAUGAGCCCUUGAAUUUGUUGAAUCUGUUCGAGAAUUUUGAUCGUGAAUAGCUUUUGUGUGCAUAGUUGAACAUUUUCGAUGUGUGAUUACUGUGCUUAUACUGAAGUAUACGCAAAUCGUUUUUAAAUGUUGCCUUUGCGGCUGUGCCAUGGGAAUAAUUCCGUUAUGACGACCUUCUGUUUUUUGCAGACAGUGAAGGAAUAUCGA